GGAUAAUUCGUCGAUAUAAGUCACAAUAUUAUUGUUGCUAAGUGUUGGUUUAUUAGAAUGUGUGAGCUACGAGCGGUUCUAUACAUUUUAAACUUUUACGAUAAUGGAUAAGGUGCGUCUGUUGGGUGAAACAUUGAGUUGCUUCUCAGACAGUCUAGAGUUUCCAACGUUCAGUGUUUUCCUGGCUAACCUCUGACAACCUCAGUUUCCGUCUUUGAAACUUCGUACUGAUGUUUAUCGUCAACACAAGUGUUAUAUCUAUUCACUGAUUCUCUAAUGAAAAUUAUGAGAAGUGAGAUAGUACAAACGCAAGAUGGACCAGCUAGGGGAGGGUCAGACUGUUGUUGUUGGAGGUGCUGGUGGAACAGCCCUUCAAGUUGUUCAGAUGGGACAAGGUGGUCAGGCUAUGAUGCUACCACAGACUAUUCAGGUUGCAGCCCCAAAUGGACAGAUUCAAAUGAUGACAUCACUUGCUGGGGCAGGACAACAGAUUGUUAUUCAGCAGCCACAAACCCCACAGAUUAUACAGACUCCAGAUGGACAAACUUAUAUCUAUCAGCCUGUUCAGUUGGAUGGUCAAGUCCAACAGGCACAGCCCACAGUUAUUAACGUGAAUGGCACAUUGAUGCAAAUUGCUGGAGCAACAGGACAAGGAACAACAGCUACAACGACAGCUCCAGUGCAACCAAUGUCGAGUCCAACAGCAGCAGCACCUCAGGCAGGAAAUAUUGUUAUGAUGGUACCUGGAAACAGUGGGCAAGCCCAAUUUCAACGAGUGCAGUUACCAAAUGCCGAAUUUUUGGAAGAGGAACCACUUUAUGUAAAUGCAAAACAGUACAGACGAAUUUUGAAACGCCGACAAGCUCGUGCCAAACUCGAGGCAGAGGGUAAAAUCCCGAAAGAAAGACCGAAAUAUCUUCACGAGUCACGCCAUCGCCAUGCCAUGAACAGGAUUCGAGGAGAAGGUGGACGAUUUCACUCUGGACAAGUGAAAAAGCGAAGGAAUAAUCAAAAUGCUAUGAUCGCUCAACACAUAUCGACGUCGACGAGCACAAAUACCAUAAGAACGAUUUCGUUGCCAACGAGUCAAGGAAGUGUGCAGCAUCACAAUACUGAUAACAUGGGAUCAACCAUCAUCAUUGAGGGAUCUGGUGGUGCUUCCUUACCUGACAUGAUUGGGGAUAGCGGAAUAGUUACGUCUGACGGUCGUUGAAAAUUAAAUAAAUCACUUUGAAAAGAUUAACAAAUCAAUUUGAAAGGAAGGGCAAGUCCGUUAUCAGCCUUUCAAGGAUUGUAAAUAUAUUCAAAUUUUUUAUUUUCAUUAUAA